UUUGGCAUAGAAAAUGGGGAAAGAUUUAUGUAAAAAAACAUAUAGAGGUAGAAACUAUGAAUAGUCAGUCAUGUAUAUAAUACAAUAUUGGAGUCUCAAGGAUGAAGGUGAUAAGUCCGGUAGCUCCCUAUUCUCUUCUGCUGGAAUUUGAAAUGAUUCUUGUCUUCUUUUUCGGAUCUGUUCUUCUCUCUUGUCUGCCUGUCCUUCACUCUACCACAGACAUAUCUAAGAAUAACUGCCCAAAGAAUUUCACUUGCGCAGCUUUUCCCUCAUUCAAGUAUCCGUUUUACAAUGUCACAGACCCACGAUGUGGGUUGAUCAAGGUCAAUUGUACUUCCAAAGGUGGGGAGAUUCAACUUGGAGGACGGUGGUAUGAGAUUGUUGGCAAGGAUGAGGGUCAUAAUAUAGUCAUCAUCAGUAACAAAACAUUUGAAGAUCUUUUGAAAAAUCAUAGUUGUGAGGCGCUUAUGAAUAAUUUCACUUCUCCAAGCCCUCUUUUGUAUUCCAUGUCAAUAUUUCCCCUCAUCACUCUAUACAAAUGCACAGAAAAUCUCACUAAUGCUCAACAAACAGAUACUUAUUUUAAGCAACAUAGUUACAGAAGCCACCACGGAUGCAAAGAUUACAAAUUCUACUAUAACCACUUGAAUGAAACAGUUCCAAGUGACCUCCCACCUACAUGUCAAGUAGUGCAGCUACCUCUGAAAUUUCCAGAUAGUCGAGGACAUGAUGAAAAAAACAUAUUUUCUCUUCUUUCUUCUGAAACCUCUAUUCAAUUUGAAUUCAAACCUUCCUGUCGUAACUGUCACACAAAAGGCAGCCCGUGUCAUAUUGAAAAUGAACAUUUUCAGUGUUUAAACGCCAAAAAGGGUGAUGCAGAAACACAAGGCAGAAAACUCAUAAAGAUUCUGGCUAUCACUGGAUCAGCUUUAAUCCUCAUGUUGUCUCUUGUCAUCUUCAUAAUCUGGCGUCGCUGCAAGAGCAACCCUUUUUCCUAUGUCUUGUCGAAGAACAGAUCUCCAAACCUUGGAGACAUAAGUUUCUCCUUUGGCGUCUCUGUUUUCUCCUAUGAGGAGCUUGAAGAUGCCACCCAAAAUUUCGACCCGUCUCAUGAACUCGGGGAUGGAGGUUUCGGAGCUGUUUAUUAUGGUAAACUGAAAGACGGGCGAGAAGUUGCAGUGAAGAAACUUCACGAGCACAACUACAAUCGAGUCCAACAAUUCAGAAAUGAGGUUGAAAUCCUCACCAAAUUAAGGCACCCAAAUCUUGUUGUUCUCUAUGGUUGCACCUCUAGACUAAGCCAUGAACUUCUCCUUGUUUAUGAGUACGUUCCCAAUGGCACUGUUGCCGAUCACCUGCAUGGAGAAAAAGCAAAUCCAAGCCUUCUAACAUGGCCGAUACGAAUGAACAUUGCUAUUGAAACCGCGAGUGCACUGGUGUACCUUCAUGCUUCUGAAAUCAUACACCGAGAUGUAAAGACGACCAACAUUCUUCUUGAUCACAAUUUCAGUGUCAAAGUAGCAGAUUUUGGUCUCUCAAGGCUUAUAUCUCAAAAUGUUACUCAUGUGUCAACAGCUCCUCAGGGAACCCCAGGAUAUGUAGAUCCACAAUAUCACCAACGCUUUCAAUUAACAGACAAGAGCGACGUUUACAGCUUUGGGGUAGUCUUGAUCGAACUAAUAUCAUCACUGGUGGCUGUCGAUUUAGACAGGUCUCAAGACGAGAUAAGUUUGGCUAACCUGGCUUUGAACAGAAUCCAAAGAUGUGCAAUUGAUGAACUAAUCGACCCGGUUUUAGGAUCCGUUGCGAAUCCUGAAAUUAAGAACAUGAUCACAUUAGUAGCAGAAUUAGCUUUUCAGUGUUUACAGUAUGAUUCAGAGUUGAGGCCUACAAUGAAUGAGGUGCUGGAAGUGUUGAUGGAUAUUAAAGCCGUGGGUAGAAUUGAUACUUAUUACAAUACCAGAGAGUUACAAACGGUGAAUGUGCUGCCUCUGUCUGAAACCAACGAUGCAGUUGUUUUGUUGAAGGAUUUCCGGCGUUCGCCAGUCUCUGUCACUAGUCCAUGGCAAAGCAAUAACAGUGCAUCAACAACGCUAUAUAGCAACGUAGAUAGAUUUUCAAUGAAGAAUGAUAUGGAUACAUAAAAAAACCAUGCUGAAUAUGGAUAACCUAAGAGCGUCCUUUUUAUCUUUUUACGAAAAUCAUGAGAGUAGUCAUUAAGGAAUUGUGUAUCUACUUUUGCUCGUAUAUCAUAAUUGUUGUUUCCCAUUUAUGCAAAUAUUUGUAAAUGUGUGGUUUCUUUAUUAUAGUUUCUCGUGUAUUUUAGCUA